ACAAAUUAAAAUCGACUUGUAAAUAAUGUUUGCUAAGUAGUAAACUAUAUGAGUUUGCGUCAGAACUGAUAAGAAUCGGCAUUUCCAUAAACAAUUAAGCUUUUUUAAACAAAAGUUGUACAAAAACAAAAGUUGUACCAUGAAGUUGUAAAGAACAGUUUCACUUCGAAAGUGUGUUCAUAGAAUUGUAACGAUCGUAAACAUGCAAUCUUCUUUGUGGUUUUAUUAUAAGAUGUCGUUAUCAUCAAUAUUUGCAUUUAUGCUAUUUUGGAUAAUUUUUAAUAUUCAGUUUUGCAAAGGAUAUUGGUGGUGGACAGAAACUCAAAAUUACGUACAGUUUUCAACACCAGAAGAAUGUGCGCGAGAAUGCCGAGAUAACGAAGCACCGAAAUAUUGUUAUUAUCUUUUCGUCCUUGAAUAUUACACAGUAAAUGUAUUUUCUAUUAACCGCAUGAUACCAGCUCCAAGUAUUCAAGUUUGCAAAAAUGACUAUGUCAUUGUUGACUUAAAAAAUGAAGCUGAAGGACUUGAGACGAGUAUACAUUGGCAUGGAAUCUUUCAAAAUGGAUAUCAAUAUUAUGAUGGUGUACCAUAUUUGACGCAAUGUCCAAUUUUAUCAGCAAAUACAUUCAGAUACCAAUUUAAAGUUAAAAAUUCGGGAACUCAUUUUUAUCACUCUCACGAAUCAGUACAAAUGAUGGAUGGACAAUAUGGAUCUUUUAUUGUACGUGAUCCACCAAGGACGAAUCCUCAUAAAACUUUAUAUGAUAAAGAUGUUCCCGAACAUGUAAUUGUUAUUAGCGAUUGGUUUCAUGAAUUAGCGUUGGAGCGAUUUCCUGGACGAUUUAGAAGAAACCGUGGACAAACUCCAGACAAUUUUUUAAUCAAUGGUAGAGGUAAUUGGACGGAUCCUUUAACGGGAGUGAGCACAAAUGUAUCCCUGUCAAUGUUUAUAGUGGAAAGCGGAAAAAAAUACAGAUAUCGUAUAAUAAAUGCAUUUAGUACUGUUUGCUUGGCUGAAAUUAAAAUAGAAAGACACUCCAUGCAAAUAAUUGCCACAGAUGGUGAAAAUAUACAGCCAAUAUCGGUAGAUGCAAUUACUAUGGCUUCAGGUGAACGUGUUGAUUUUAUUAUUCACGCAAACCAAACUCCGGGUUUUUACUGGUUACAUGUACGAGGACUUGGGGAAUGUGCAGAAAAGCAAAUAUAUCAAUUAGGAAUUCUCGCUUAUCAGAAUACUUCUAAAUCAUCGCUAUCAUCGAAUCCAGGAUAUUCGUUUCGCACAUCUAGUAAUGUCGUGAGUAUAAUAUACAGAAAAUUAUAA